AUGGAAAAAGUCGAGCUUUCUCUCUGUCUGAAAAAAUUCUAUGCCGCUGCAAGAAAACAAGACGGGAGUGAGUUUAAAGUUUCAACCCUUCGUGCAAUAAGAUCUGCCAUCGACCGCUAUCUAAAACAACCGCCUCAAAACAAACCCUGGUCCAUUAUCGGCGACCCUGUGUUUGAACAAGCUAAUAAAACACUAAAUGCUAUCUGCAAGAAACUCACUCGAGAGGGCAAAGUCGGUCCGGUUAUCCACAAGCAUCCGAUAACAAGCGAGCAACUACAAAAGCUGUACGAAAGCGGCGAACUUACCGACUAUGACUCCAAGAACCCUCGGAAGCUUUUACAAACGGCUUGGUUCUACGUUACGUUUUACUUUGGUAAACGAGGGAGAGAAAACCAGAGAAAGCUCACGAAAGAUAUGCUUGUUCUCCACACUACAGCACAAGGCCGACGAUAUUUUGAAUUUCGACGCGACCGCUUGUUAGGAACAAAAAAUCACCAAGGAGGCCUCAACGACAACACGGAUGAAUCAGACGGGAAGAUGUUUGAAGUGGUCAAUUCCCGACGGUGCCCAGUGAAAACCAUUGAAAACUUCUUGAGCCAUUUACAUCCAACGCAACAGGUCCUAUUUCAACGUCCACGAGAAAUGUCCACCAAGUUUCAGCCAGACAAGGACGAGAUCUGGUAUUCCAAUAGUCCCCUUGGCGAAUGCAGUCUAGCCAACAUGAUGAAAACCAUAUCUAAAGCAGCUGGAAUAAUCCCACAUCUAACAAACCACUGUGUUCGAGCAACAUCAGUCACGGUACUUUCAGACAGCAACGUAGAGGCUAGACACAUCAAGGCAGUCACUGGACAUAAAUCGGAUACUUCAAUCCAGGCGUACAACGCAAGAGCAUCAUUCCAACAAAAAGAAAAUAUGUCAAAUAUUUUAAGUCGUUUUAUAUCUGGAGACGCCGAUCAAUCCACUCAUAAUAUCGUCGCAGCAUUAGAAACCACUUCCAGCAAAGUGUCACUUCCAACAACAUCCACUCUGACAGUGAUGCCUUUGAGUUUGAAUAACGAAAAUAUUCAAAAGGAAACCAAUAUCGAGAUGAGAGGACCGCAGUCGUACAGCUUCCAUGGCUGCACUGUUUCGAUCGUAAACAACAAUUAUUCUUCUUAACUGCUGGUUCAUCGGAGACUUUGUUGUGAAAUAACGGUGUGAUUUAUAUAAAUACUGUAAUAUUUCUUCUCUAAUAUUUUCUUUGAUAAAUAAUAUGAUGAUAUUCAAGACGACGUGUUGAAAACAGUUGAAAGUUGAAACUUGACAGUUCUAAAAUGUCGCAUAUUGUAACGCGUGACCUGGCGCGUCAUUUCCGGGAGAAUAAGUUAUUAAAAAUUU